GUGUAUAAUUUAUUUAUGCAUUUGACAUUACAAUGUUUACAAUAGAAAAUAAUAACUUAUAGAAAAAUCAGUAUUACUAAACCUAAAUUGUUUUUCAACAACUUCAUUUAUAUUCGCAAUUGAAACAACAGUGCUUUGUGCGCCAGGCUGAAUCAAACAAUGUUAUCAGAUGAUAUAGAAAAAUUAAUUGAAGAGAAACGGCGGGAAUUAGAAAAUGAAAAAGCUGUCUUAGGGUUAUCUCAGGAAAAGGAUCUCUUAAACAGCAAGAAUGAGGAAAACAAUGAGAACAUAGAAGCACCACACCGUGUGAAGUUCAGCAGAAGGAGAGCUCUGUCAGAGAACAAUGAAACAACUCUAGAGGAAAGUGAAGAAAAAGAUAUUUCUCCUGGCUUAGAGAGAUACAUACGGCGCUAUCUCGGUCUUCCAGUUAUGUUAAAGGCAGGUGAGUAUUCACCCAACAACCCGCUGAUACGAGGGGAGCGGUCAACCGGCGAUGUUCUUCUUGGGUUGGGGGAGUAUGAGCGACGGAGGAAUACGCUGCGCAAGAUACGACAGAGGCAGUAUAAGGAGUAUCUUGAUGAGCAAGCGAAAAUAAAACAAGAAGAGCGAGAAAAGGCAGAACGGGAGAAAAAGGAGAGAGAAGAAAAAGAAAGACUGGCGGAAGAAAGAGAAAGAGAGCGCGAACGGCUGGAGUUGGAGAGAGAUAGAUAUAGUCCAGAAAGACGACGAGCCAGCUUCACUUUCAGCAAUGUUUCUGGUGCUAAUAAUGCGUAUAAUAGUAAAGUGGAUACAGCAGUUCAAGUAGACAGACAUACACCGCUGUCCCUUGCCGUGCAGACGGACGACAAUGAUUUAUUUCCCACAAGAACAGGAAUAUCGCUACCCUCAAAACAUCUCCUAACACAAGCGGAAAGAGAGUUGUCCCCUCGCACAGUAGACGUCAAACCGGCCACUUGGCAUUGGUCGAGUAACUAUGAAGAUAGAGGCAGGAGAAGAAGGAGCUAUGGCGAUUUUGAUGCUCGGACGUCGUCAAACACAGACAAACAGACAUAUAGGCCGUCAAUAUUGGAUGCCGAUGUUAUAUCUUUGAGGAACUUACAAGCUGAAAAGGAGGCUGCAGCGCGACGUCAGUUCUAUCAGCAAGAGUUACGUAAUCAAAUAGAAGAACAGCAAAGAAUAAGAGAAGAGAGGAGGAAUAGAGAAAAAAUGUUGGAACAAGCCGAAAUGAGGCGUCUCGAACAACAACUUCGUUCGUUGAAAAUGGCACAAGAAAGCGAAAUUGAUAGACAUAGAGAUAUCAAUAGUAAGAUGCAGAGAAAUUCAGCGGAAUAUGAAAUGCAGAGGACAUCACUACAGAAGGAAAUAGACGAAGAAAGAUCUCAAAUUAAACGUAACACGGAUACAAAUAGGUAUUUUGAAAAGCCUUACACCGUCAAUGUGCCAGAUACAGCAAUAUUUUCACCGAAUUACGAUCUCGAAAAUUACUUGAGGAAAAAUCUUAAUCCAACCAAAGAGAGCCUCCAUCUCGGUAAUAAAAGACAUGAGAAAUGGAAGGAAAGUGAAAAUUGGUAUGAGGAAACACCCUACCGUCAAGAAGUUUAUAAUUAUAAAGAUCUCAAUGAAAACAGGCAAAUACCAGAUGAAAAAAUUAAAAGUUACAGAGAGACCGAAAGUGAGAAAUAUAGGGUAGAUACUAAUAGAUAUAGGCAAGAAAGUUAUAAAAGCGAAUUCGAUACUUUGCCCAUACCAGUUUUACGGCAUUCGCCAAAACACAAAGUGGAAAAGGAGGAGAAGUGUGAGAAAAACGAAUUAAGCGAGGAGAUGCAACUUGUAGAUGACAAGUGGAAAGUACCCGCAGUUCAAAAGAAUAUUUUGAAAAAUUUGAAAAGUGAGGGUAGGAAUAUAAAUAUUUUGACCCAAUUGGGUUCCAUACGACGCCAACUUCAACUGGAACAAAUGAAGUUAGAUAAAAUUAAACAAACCGAUUUUUAGGUAUGUUUUGUCAAAAUUUUAAAUCGCAUUUUAAUUUUUAUGAUUAAAAUACAGCGGUUAGUUUAGUAUUCAUUUUUAAAAAUAAAUAGACUGAUUGUGAAAUAAAAGUCAAAGUGUAACUGAUAAUGUUAGUGUGGUCUCUUUCUAAGAUCAUUUAACAAUUACGUCACUUGAUCCAUGACAAUACUUUGACAAUUAACAUUAGUAAACAAAAAGAGGAGUCAAUACUCCUGUUUCGUCUGAAUAAAUAUUAAUUAAGAUUUAAAAAAAUAUCUUUAUAAAAAUUAAAUGUGUCGUUUUGGUUCUAUAAUCAGUCUAUUUAUCUUUAAAAUAUAUAAAAUUUAAAUUUUCAAUAAAUAACCGUCCGUGAAGCUUGCGAAAUAAAAUAUUUUUGCUGAAUUUGAAACAUAUUUUUAUGAACAUUUAUUAUGAAUAUUCGUUAAUUUGUUCGCUAAUUUUGAUGCAUGUCAAAAUUAAAUCGAGCAAUAUUUAAUUUUAUAUAUUUGUUGUGUUUUAUCGGUGUUGCUAUUUUUUAAUUUGAAUCAAUCUAUUUUCAUUUGUAAGUGUUAUUACUUUAACUAAACCUGUAUUUUUCGUCAUAGUUGAAAUAUAAAUUGAGAAAGAGCGACGAAAGAGUUGCGUACUCCGGAAAUAAACAAUCCGAAAUUCCUCAUAUCUGUAGAUUUUGAAAAUUAAUGUACUUUUCAAAGAUUUCCUUCAUAUUUAAAUGCGCCUUAUUUUAUCUCUACGGGUUUUUGAAGUCUAUCUCUAAGGCCCAUAAUCCAAUAUAUGUCUCUAGAAAUCUUGGUUGCACCUGGAUAUAUCGUCUAAAUGUAACACGGUCUAACUUCGUUCUUAUAAGUGAUUACUUAUAAACCAAAUGUUGCUCCUUACUUCAUACUUCGACUAGAGCAUAGCCAAAAAGUUAUUCCGUAGUGUAGUGCCAAAUAGGUUUUUGAUUUUUAAAAUUUUAUCCUUGUCUUACAGUUUUGAUAAUUGUAACAGACAUUUUUAUUUAAGGUAUGAAAGUUGUGGUGUUGUCUAACACCCUUAUAAAAAAUAAAUCAGUUUCAUUGCACUCUUUAACUGUCAUGUUUCGUCUCAUCGAAAACACAAUUUGACAGAAAGAGAAGAAAGAGUUUUAGAGUGAGUGAGAUAUAGAUCGUUGUCAUACUCUGGUUUGUUCAAGGAAAAUAAUACUUUACUUUGUUGUUAAUACCUUGAGCAACGGUAAGUUGAAUGUUUUGUAUGGCCUCAAAAAUACUCUUAAAUAAAAAUGUUUAACAAUAACCUAUGCACGUUUAUUCCUAUAUCAGUAGAAAAGUCAAAAUAAAUGUUAAGUUUAAUAUGUUAUGUGCGUUACAACUUUCUAUUAAUAUUCGUAGUAAGUAGUGUUAUUUAGUCAAUGUGUAAUCCAAACUAAUAUGAAUCCAAAAAUGAUCGCUACCACGUAUCGAUUAAAUCGCAAAAGUAUAUCAAAUCUCGGUGAACCUUAAGCAGAAGAAAUAAAGUAAUGAAGUAAAUUGUUGUAUAGAAACAAUGUGUUAGUAUAACUGUUAAUUUCGGCAACAUUUUAUUUGUUAUGCAGGAUUUUUGUUUAGUCUAGCUUUCCGAGGUUUUAUCUUAUAUCUCACCUGAGCGUAACUUUACUAGCUCUGCGUUUACGAUAUUAUUAUCAAAUCGAUGUUGAAGUUUGUACGUUUUAAGUGGCCUUUAAUAUUGUCGCGAAUUGCGUUAGUUAUGUGUGAGUUCGCGGAAUAUUGUUAUUAAAAGACUGGUAUAGAUUAAGAACUCGAGCUUGAUUGAGAAAGUGAUAGGUUGAGCCAUAAGUAAUAUUAGAUGUCACAUCCAUUUUGAAACGUAGUGAAAAACAGUAAAUUAAGAAUGACUGUAGUCUCUUUCUAACAUCAUGUAUAAAAGGGAGAUAUAUAAUAGAGCUGAAAUUAGGGACUGAGUGAAAAAGAUUUGAUUGAUUGCUUUUACUCAUUUUAAUAUAGCGCCAUCGAUAUUUAAAAUAUACAGUUAAAUUAAAAUAAAUUGAAUAUUAAGCUUUGUAUGAUUUUGAAUCUGUUGCAAUAAGUAAUAAUUAUUUAAAUAAAAUAAUGUUUUAAUCGAA